AUGGCGAGUAAAGUGCUCAAGAUGAAAUUGUGGGAGGAUGACCAAGGUGGCAAAUGGAAGAAGAACGUGCAGGAGAUCGAGGGCGAGGUGCUAUGCGUAUCCCAAUUCACCCUCUUGGCCAGCACAAAGAAAGGCAACAAACCCGACUUCCACAAAUCAGCACCGCCGACCAAAGGCAAAGAACUUUACGAUCACUUCAUAAGCAAUGUCCGGAAGCUCUACGCCGAAGAACGAGUCAAGGACGGCGUCUUCCAGGCCAUGAUGGAUGUGGGAUUGGUCAACGAUGGCCCGGUAGGUGUGGAUUUCAGCUGUAUAGAUGAAGCGGUAACGAUUGAGAUCGAGACGAAUCCGCCUGAAAUGAAGAAUCCUUCUGGCUUUCCUGACAAGCCUGAGUUUGGGGACACGUUCAAGGGCAAAGUACACAAGACGUUUGAGAUGCCUGCAUCGCUGCUCGAGUGA